AUGACCAAGGUUACUGUCAAGAGCUUCCCGGAAAAGAGCCCUGAGCUUGCUACUGCAUUGGCCGAUCAGAUUGUGGCUAUUCAGAACGCUGUGUUUGCAAAAAGACCUGAGAACCGUGCGUUCUACGUUGCUGUAAGUGGCGGGUCUUUGGUGGCAACUCUUCGCAAGGCUCUACUUCCACGCGCUGACAUUGACUGGGCCAACUGGCAUAUUUACUUUGCAGACGAACGAAUUGUGCCUUUGGACGACCCGGACUCCAACUACGGGCUCCUUAAAAAGGAACUACUCGACCAUUUGCCUGCGGACCACGCCCGCCCGACUGUCAUCCCCAUUGACCCGACUUUAGAGUCUCCCGCAGCUGUUGCUGAAGCCUACGAGUCUGUUUUACGGUCGAAUGUUCCCUCCACCGAGUCUUCUUCUUCUUUCCCCGCACUUGAUUUGGUAUUACUUGGGUGUGGUCCUGAUGGUCACACUGCAUCUUUAUUCCCAGGUCAUGCUUUGCUUUUGGCCUCAGACACAACGCAAAAGGCCGUCGAUUUCCUUACUGACUCGCCUAAGCCUCCUCCUUCCCGAGUUACAUUGACGCUGCCUGUUCUUGCACGGACGGGUGCGCAGGUGGUUUUUGUUGCAGAGGGCGCAGCUAAGGGCCCAGUGUUGAAGCAGAUUUUGGAUGAUAAGAGUAAUGUAUAUGAUGGGACAUUGCCAUGUGCCCAAGUUAAUGCAGCUGCUGACGGACGGGUGACUUGGUAUGUUUCUGAAACGGCAUUUAAGAUUUGA